AUGAUGGGCUCGGUGCUGCCCGCCGAAGCCCUGGUGCUGAAGCCCGGGCUGAAGCCUCAGGGGCUUUCACUGGCCGAGGUGAUCACCUCCGACAUCCUGCACAGCUUCCUCUACGGCCGCUGGAGAAACGUCCUGGGCGAGCAGCUCUUCGAGGAGAAGAGCAGCCCCAAGACUGCCUUCACGGCCGAAGUCCUGGCUCAGUCCUUCUCCGGAGAGGUGCAGAAGCUGUCCAGCCUGGUGCUGCCGUCGGAAGUGAUCAUCGCCCAGAGCUCCAUCCCCGGGGAAGGGCUCGGCAUCUUCUCUAAGACUUGGAUCAAGGCCGGCACCGAAAUGGGACCGUUCACGGGCAGAGUCAUCUCGCCAGAACAUGUGGACCUGUGCAAGAACAACAACCUCAUGUGGGAGGUCUUCAACGAAGACGGCACGGUGCGGUACUUCAUCGAUGCCAGCCAGGAGGAUCACCGCAGCUGGAUGACCUACAUCAAAUGUGCCCGCAACGAGCAGGAGCAGAACCUGGAGGUGGUCCAGAUUGGGAACAGCAUCUUCUACAAGGCCAUUGAGAUGAUUCCUCCGGACCAAGAGCUGCUGGUCUGGUAUGGGAACUCCCAUAACACCUUCCUGGGCAUUCCUGGUGUGCCAGGGCUGGAAGAGGAGCAGAAGAAAAACAAACAUGAGGACUUUCACGCGGUAGAGACGGGAGCCAGCACGACGGGCCGCAUGCGCUGCGUCAUCUGCCACCGGGGCUUCAACUCCCGCAGCAACCUGCGCUCCCACAUGCGCAUCCACACGCUGGACAAGCCCUUCGUGUGCCGCUUCUGCAACCGCCGCUUCAGCCAGUCCUCCACCCUCCGCAACCACGUCCGCUUGCACACUGGCGAGCGGCCCUACAAGUGCCAGGUCUGCCAAAGUGCCUACUCCCAGCUGGCUGGGCUGCGGGCGCACCAGAAGAGUGCCCGGCACCGGCCCCCCAACGCCUCCCUGCAAGCUCACUCGCCGGCCCUGCCCGUGCCCCAUCCCGCCUCCCUGGCCCAUCACAUCCCCACCAUGGUGCUGUGA